GGCGUAUCCCACCGCGGCCGAAGCAAUUCAAAACGAAACAAAACAAAUGAAAUGGGUUCCUCGGCACAAAAUCAAAAGCAGAUUUGGAGUCGUCGAGAGCCUUCUUGUAUGCAGACUCUGGGCUGCUUUUCGGUGCCUUGCAUUCUGAAACCAUGGUAGAUCAAGAUGACAAGAAUGGCUGGCAAGAAUUGAUGGGGAAAGAACUAUUGAUGAAGGUAUGUUGGGGUUGUUUCUUGCGUUCGAUCAUUGAGUGGAAGCUGCGUCUUGUACAGUCGAUCGGUUGCCGCGUCGUUUUCGAUUCAUACUCCGGAGGUUCUGUACAACUCUCUCAACUUCCACUUGCGCUGUGCUGCUCCGUGAUGCAAUACACGCAAUUUCGUGUUGGCGCAAACGAAUUUCUAGGUGGUGUCCGAUGGUUCUGCCGGGAGCAAGGGCGGCAGCGGCGGCGGUGCGGACACCGACAACGGCACCAUCGAGCCGCAGCAGGCCGUUCUCGUUUCCUUCGAGGGUCGGACCGCCGAUGAACCUUCCGAUCCAAACGGAUUGCUCUUUCAGAAAGCCGACGACUGGCUGGUGGUCGUCGGAGACGGCGAUGUCCUCCCGGCGCUCGAAAUGGUACGAGACAACAACACAAAACGGUGCAACACUGCACGCGGCCGCAGAGCACAAAGCCUAGACUUCCCCGUGUUCGUUUUUGCUUCCCUGUUUGCACGCGGUUGAUAGCUGGGUUUCCMUCACCGUGAUUCUUGCUUUGCAAUCUCGCUGACACCACAGGGGAUCCGUUUCAUGCGGGUAGGCCAGACAGCUCUGAUCUGGUGAGUCCUAUUGUUCCUAUCACUGUCCUGCAGUCAUCCGUAACCUGAAUGCAUCUAUAACCUGCAAGGCAUAUCGUUUCGUCUCGAUUCGUUAUGGCUCACCAUUUGUCUGUCUCCUCCAAGGUCGCACCCGAAGUUUGCCCUCGGGAGAGGAACGCGGACCACGAUACAAAGCGGCAGCAACACCGCGGCAGAGAUCCCCGAGAGGAUUCCGCCGAACUCGAGCGUCGUCUACCGGGUGACCGUAAAGCAAAAGGUCAUGGACACCUCCCGGCUCAACCCGUACUUCACCAUCCAAAAGGCUCUUUCCAGGAAGCAGAUCGCGAACGACGUCUACCGGAACGAAUGGUGCCCCAAGAGUGACGAAGGGGACGCCCCGGACUGCGGGCACGCCAUGAACCGGGCCCUGCGGCUCUACGCGAGGGCCGCGGCCGACAUGGAAACCCUCCUCGGCGGGACCUACUUCCGGCAGGUCGGGACCACCGACCACCCCCAGUACCGCGAGGCCGCGAGGAUCCGCCUGGACUGCCUCGGAAACACCGUCGCCGUCCGCCUCAAGCAGAAGGACUACCACGCCGCCAAGCUGGCCGCGGUGGCCCUCCUGGAGGUCGAUCCAAACCACCCCAAGUCGCUCCUCCGGGCCGCCAAAGCCGCGCUGCUGGAUCCGGCGUCGACCCUCGGGGAGGCGGAGGCGGCGAUCCGCGCGGCGGAAUCGGCCAUGGCUUCCGAAGGCGGGGACGGAAGCGCGUCUUCCGCCGAGAGAAAGGAGCUGCUGCGCCUCAAGGCCCAGUGGAAGAAGAAACGGGACGACUACAAACAAACCACGCGCGCCAUGUUUGGGAACAAGCUGAACCACAACGAGCCAAACAGCAGCGGCAGCGGCAGCAGCAACGAAGACAACGGCCACCACGGCGCCAAGCGGGAUCCGGAUCCCAGGGCCCGCGGCGGUGCCGCUUCGACCGGGCAGGGGAGCCCGCUGCCGGCGUGCGGCGGAACGGACGAUGCAGCGGAAGCGGUAUCUCCGAAACGGCACGCGUGGCACGCCAUCGUGUUCCACCUGGUCGUCCCGAUCCUCCUCGUUCUGUUCGCGAACCGAUACGGGUUCCGCCCGCGGGGAGCGGGCGAAACCCGGCUCCACCCGAGCGAAGACGGCGGCGGGGAGGGGGAGACGAGUUGAUGCGUUGCCGGGGACUCGGGGUCCGCGCGCUGCCACAUGGACGAAUCCGACGCGCAAAAAUUCGGCCCAUUGGCACCCAUUACACUGUGUUAAUGCACACAGCAAUGGUCUUUCGUUUGUCGCCGUUGGGUCAAUUUUUUUCCGUUUUGGAUGGUCAAAGGUCUGUUUCGCGGGUAAUCGAUGGGAUUGAAAAGACACGCAUGGCCACACAUUUUGGCUCAAAUCUCUUUUCGCAAUCCCUAGACCGCGAAAGGCUAGCCCUACUGCGAAAAAUCUACCGAUAAAUCUUUCAUGGGUCACUCCUCGGUCAAUUUUAUAGGUUUUUGCACGAGAGCAGCUAAUUUGUUUGAGCAAUCAGUUCGAUUGAAAAGUGUUGUUUGGACGAAUUGGAUCAAAUCAUUAUUUCUGGGUUUCAUACGGUCCCGAAGUAGCAAUUUUUGGAAUAUUUAACUUGGGCCAUCUUUUACGGGAACACUAAGUGACUAUUUUUUGGGCGGUGAUGCAGUAUUCGAAAUCGAUUGCAGUGGCAUAGACCGCGUCAGUUCAGCUUUAUGCAACAGUUACCCAUUGUUUUUCAAAAGAGAUCAUCUGGAUGUAGGAGUUUGGAAUGUUCCCAUUUCUUCACUUGCCCCCGCUAAACUGACCCCAGAUUCUGAAACUAGGAGCAACCAGGUCUCAAGAAUGCGUAUGACUACAAGAUUUUUGAACAAUUGCUCUUCUCCCAUUCGUUGCGGUGUUAUUGCUAGAACAGGCCAGAAUCUGGUAUUUAACAGUACUAGAAGUAUUUAGUAGCAAUUCUUGCCAACCAGACCUCAGAUUUUGAUCGUAGGGGCAACCAAGUCACAAGAAUACAGUUGUCUGCAAUGUCUCUAAUGGAUUUUGCCAUUCUUCCGUGGGUUAUGGUGUUAUCUCUACAAGGAACAACGGUCUACCAAAGCGACCUAAUCAGAGCGCAGUGUUGCUCUCUACGAUGUCGGAAGAACGUUUUGGCGCGCUACCUUUCGUGUUUCGCUGGCCACCCGCCGUCCCAUACCCCGGGCGAAAGGCUUUGCG